AUGAUCGAUUCUGAUUCUAUAGACCCACUAGAAUAUGCGUCUACCAUAGAAGAACGUUCAACUAACACUGGUGUAAAUGAAGGACGUCAAUAUGGUUACAAAAAGGGCUAUCAUCAAGGUUUUAAACAAGGUUUAGAGUAUGCAUUAAAAAACCAUCACGAUACAGCUGCUAUAUAUGCCGAUUGUGAAUAUAAGUUAAGAAAAUUAUCAGAAAAUCAAACAAGUCAAAGACGAUUGAUCAACGGUAUUAUAGAUUCAUGUAAAGAAUUUCGUUCGUUAAUACCAAAUACACCUCGUUAUGUUGAAUUGCUAACAUCGACACGAGCGAAAUAUCAACACAUAUUGACAUUAGACGGUUCAACAAAGAUUACUUCAAAUACAUCAGAACUAACAUUUUAG